AGUCCAUCACCAGAUCCAUCAUCAUUAUACCCAUCAUGAUGAGUAUCCGGCCCACAGGAGAAAUCUUCACUUCCAAACCAUCACCUUUCGCCUGUUGCUCCCCCUACUUCUUUCCUCCACACCACCCUUCUCUUCUUUUCACCACCUCCUCUUGCGUGCUCCUCCAGAACUCCAAUCCUCCCCUCCCAAGUUUCCUCUUAUUCCCCUCGCUCCCUCUCCCUCUAUAUCUCUUUCUUCUUCUAAAGAAGUUACUCUGAUUCUCCCCUGUCAAAUAAUCAACAAAUAAGAGAAACUCUCCCCUUUUCAGGUGCUCGUAGGCUUCUUUCUUUCCAGGAAGACAAACUCCACAAGAGUCUGCAAACAAAGGAGUAGGUGAGAGGAACCAGGAAGCGGAAGAGAAGAGUUUGGAGAGAUGGGUGUGAGGGCCAUCCAGGGUCUCAUCUUCCUUCUGGGCCUUCUCUCCUGCUCUGGAACGCUUGCUAAAGAAUCAGAGGACGGCCUAUCUUCAUCUCCAGCAUCGCUCCGUCAGACAAUUAAAACAGAAGGUGCACCCCUGUUGCAGAAACCUGUAGUUCCCAAGAUCGAAAAGAAAUCCAGAAAACUGCUGCUUGCGGACACCAAGUUAGAAUCCUCGGCCACGAUGCCUCAGAUGGAUGUCGUAACUCCAAUAACAACAGUUCCGGUGAUCAAUCCAUCAAACCCGAGCACGACAACUCCUACAUAUAAUCCUGUCCCGACAGCACCUGGUUCGACUACUCCGACGACGACACCUGUUACAAAUCCAUACUCAACUCCGACGACGACACCUGUGACAAAUCCAUACUCAACUCCGACGACGACACCUGUUACAAAUCCGUACUCAACUCCGACGACAUCGUCGCCAUCGUCGUCGGGUCAGAGCUGGUGCAUUGCAAGCCAAACUGCUUCAGAGACUGCAUUGCAGGUUGCUUUGGACUAUGCUUGUGGUUACGGAGGGGCAGAUUGUUCGCAGAUUCAGUCAGGUGGAAGCUGUUACAAUCCUAAUACCGUUCGUGAUCACGCAUCCUAUGCUUUCAAUGACUACUACCAGAAGAACCCGACCUCGACUAGCUGCGAUUUUGGAGGGACUGCUAUCAUCACCAACACUGAUCCCAGUACUUCAACAUGUCACUAUGCAUCAACAAGCACAAGUUCAUCUGUCCUCAACACAACCACCCCAACUGGAUCGGAUGUCUAUGGAUCUGUUCCUCCAUCUCCCAGUGGCACUACCUCCAUGUCGACGGGCACGACACUUCUCUUCACCCUGACAUGCCUAAUAAUAUUACCAAUCACUUUAAAUGUAUAUAAAUAGACAUCGCAGCCACUUCUCCCAUGAGUUCCUAUGAAAGGAGGUAGGAGCACGCAGGCUGACGAAGAGAACAAAGGGAUCCCUGUAGGCAUCUCAUUUUCGCUGUUGAGCCAUUGGUGCUGAUCAGGACAUGUUUCUAAACAGAGCCAUCAGCCAAACAGAACUACCUCCUACAGGUUCCGUAGCAGAAAAGUUAUAGGAUCUCUACCGUAGUAAUACUCCAGGAAGAAUAAGACUUUUCCCCUUUUUCCAUAGAUCUCCAGUUUAUGUACGUUAUUGUUUUAUUUGUAACUAAUAAGUUCUGGCAGUAAAAGGAUUCCAUUUAGCGUAA